AUGUCACUACCCAGCAACCAAAGUCCCAGCCGACUAGAAACUUUGCCCACUGAAAUCAAGCUUCACAUCUUCCAUGCCUGCGCAGAUAUCUUGCAUAUUUGUGAGAUGCUGGAGUUAUGUCUCGUGAACAAAGGAUUUUACCAGCUGGGAAUGGAAGCUAUCUUCGAAUCUGACAUACUUCAACAUGUCGUGUAUUGGGACCCUGUGCGUGAAACAAAAGUGUUUCGUAAGGAACUUCCCGAUGAUCGUUACACAUCCCCAGGGGCAUAUAUUCGUUCUGUCUUCUGGGAACUAUUCACGGACCCGAAAUACCACGACUUUAUGUUAAGCAAUGAGUUUUGCAUAAGAUACUUGACAGCCCGAACCUUGGGGAAGAUCAGACAGAAGCCGCCCACCAAAGACCAUAUUGUGCUGAAAGCCAUUGCAGAACAUAUGAAGCAGUACAAGCUUGGCCACGACGCAUCUUGCAACACCACAAUAGAGGAGGAAGUCCAAGUGGUCUGCGAGAUCGCAGUAAAGCACGGAUACAUUCGGGAUCGACACGAUUUCUUCACUGGCAAACUACAGUUGGAUGAAAAUAUAGCAUUCACUUGCCUGGACGAAACUUGUCCUAUUGUGCGCGAAGGGCUAGUUGCCGUGGCAAUUUAUAUCGAUGAGCCUGAGAUACUGAGAACAAUAAUCGCCAAACAACAAUCGAUAACUUGUCCAGAUCACGUCGGUGAUGACGAAAACCAUGGCCGAACUUCCGAUAUAGAGCUCCCUCGCGCCGACCGGAGCUGGCUCAACUAUAUACAUGGCUUGGAUUCACUCGUUUGCGAACGUUCUCUCAUCCGAAUCGCAAACACUACUAGAAUGAUGAUACAAACAGACAACAUGAACUGUGCCACCAUUUUACUAGACAGCCUUGCUGUAGACUCUGGCGCGAAAGACGUUGUCAGAUAUGAGAUUAUCUCCGAAUCAAAGACCCUCGAAAGGCUGAAAUGGCUGACCUUUGCGAUCUCCUGCGGCCCAUCCUUGACAAGAUACAACACCGUUCGUCCAGGACUCCAGGUUGAGCUAGAUUGGCUCGGGCGCACAAAGUAUAGCAGCCGAAAGCCUGCAGCUAUUGAACUGAGCAAGAUACUUGACAAGACGACAAGUGUUGACGUAUUUGAUGUUGUUUACGAUGCCAUCAUAGAGGGUUUUACUGAGAGAGAGGGUGUUUGGUGGACCAAGACCUCGUACAGAGACGAUUACGCGGCACAUACCUUGGCUUCUUGGGGAACGGCAAGGAUCCAUCGUGCUGUUUUGGAUAACUGCAUGCCCUUGGUGAAAAGGCUUGUUGGAUUAGGCUAUCACCUUCGCCCGUCACACUCUGCCGAGGACCUUGAAGAUUACAACGUCUGUACGCUGGUGGAAAGUGAAAAGCCGCGAGAUAUAUCUUUGCCGCUUGCCACCAACAGAGGGGACUUGGAGAUGGUUAAGCUUCUGUUUGAUAUUGGUGCGGAAAUGAAUAGGAAGAAUGUGCGAAAGGCGAUAAAGAUCGCCAUGGAGCAGAACAAUGGGGUCAUGCUUGAGAUUCUUGUAAAGAAAGGUUAUCCUGAAGGACUGCUGAAUCGGAGGCAUAUGAGGCUGUGGAAGAAAGAUCUCGAUAAGAGGGGACAGCAAUAUAUGCUGCCAUGGCUAGAAAUGAUGCGAAGCAAAUGA